GGGUGAUUAUAUAUAUAUAGCUUGAAUGUUGCAAAGCCAUGGCGACCGCAACGCUUGGGCAGAACGGUUUUCCAGGCCGUGGGCGCAGUCCGCCGAGGCCGAUCAAAGAGGCGGCAGUGAAUGGAGGUGGGUUGCCCAGGCCCUGUGGACUGAGCAGCCGGCCAUCCCCAUUGGAGGCUCUCUUUGAGGAGGAUGGCCUCGGGCAACGAGAUGGAAGUAAGAGUCCUUUGUGGAUGAGCAUAAGUAGCACGUUGGUGCUGCCUACUGCAGAGGAUUUGGCCCGAUUUGGUGGCACGAAGACCCCUGGACGUCGUUCGACCGGUCCUUUGCCACCAGCUCAAGCAGAUGUACUAGAGGAGGAGGAUGAUGUGGCCUACUAUAGUGAGCCAGAGCGCGAAGUCCCAAUUUCCAGGACGCCAAAGGAAUUUCCGCGCUGUGAGACGAUUGGAGAUCUUCCUUCUUCAGUCCGACCGGUGGCUGUGGCUCCCUUGGCUCCUCUUCCUUCCCCACAGCGGGGGCGCGCAGCUGAACGAGCCGAGUCCUCCGAGUCGAUGCGUUCGCGCUUGACCAAGAGAGCCGCGUCGGAUCCCAGGCCUCAAGAUCUUCCCGACCUGGGUGGUCAAUCCCGUGUUCACGAUGCAUGCGCCGUGGCUUCUGCUGCCACCAGUGCUGCAAAAUCUGCAGCAGCUGCCGUGACAGAGAAGAAGUCACUUGAGGAAUCUGCCGAAACGAACUUCUUGGCCUGGCUGGUAGACGAGUUGCGGAGUCGACCAGAUGAGGAGCAACUUCCGCGAAUACCUCGCAGCCAUUUGGAGGAGGUGGCCAAAGUACCAAAGCAACUGGAGAAACUAUUGCUUUUGGGAUUUCUACUCUGCCUGGAUAUCCUGCUGCACGAGCUUAGUUUCACUCCCUUGCAGGCGAUUCGAUCCUCACUUCAGCUGUUGCUGGGUUUUCGGCAGUGGGGCAGCUGGUCUUCAGGCAGCCACACUUCAGCGACAAGUGGACGGCGCACUAAAGCUACUGCGACGCUGAGCAUCACAGAGCAAGGCGACUUCCUCCGCUUGUCGCUGCUAAUCUUGAAUGUGACUUUGAUCCUGAUGAUCUUCGAUGUCUCCUGGAUGUAUCACUACAUCCGGGGCGAAUCCUUCCUGAAGCUAUACGUGCUAUUCAACAUGCUGGAGAUGUUUGAGCGCUGGUGCAGAUCAGUUGGAGUGGACUUGUUCGAUCUUCUCUUGGCAUCUGCUCGACACCCCUGGUAUUCGCUGCUCCCAAAGUAUUGUGCAACUCUAGUCUACUGCUUCGUGCAUGCGACUAUGCACUUGAUCCGCGUAAUCCUACUGAAUGUCGCUAUCAAUACAUCAUCCAAUGCCGUUUUCCUCAUCAUUGUGACAAAUAACUUUGCAGAGAUCAAGUCCACAGUGUUCAAGCGCUAUGAAGAGAAAAGCCUGUUUCCCAUCAUCACCAGUGACAUUGUGGAGCGCUUCUAUCUUCUUUUGGAUAUCAUAUUCGUUCUUGCAAGACUGAGCAUCUCACAGCAUUCCGGCACGUUCACAGCACUGGAUAUUUCUUUCUGGUUGUUCUUGCUGGUCGUCUUGGAGAUCGGAACGGAUUGGAUCAAGUUUUGCUUGAUUACGAAGUUCAGUGAGAUGCAGACCAAGACAUUUGAGGUGUACAGAGAGGUCUUGCUUGCUGACAUACUGCUUUGCAGAUGUGGCCAGCUGAGCAGCAUCAGCCAGGUCACUGGACAAGAUUUCAAUGUUCAGCCUGAAGCACAUGGAAGCUUCAACAAGGAGGGUGCCUUGAGGGAUACAACAAGGGAUGGAAAAGACAGGCAGACUUCCGGCAAAGACAGGCCAGCUCCGGUCGUGCCAUACAGAGGCAUUCAUUCGUUCAGCCAUGUCCUGCAGCGACGCCUUGGCUUCAGCGGUGUGCCCAUGACGACCAUUCUCGUGGUCCAUUUUGUAGUUCUAGCACGUGCUCCUUGUGCAGCUGCUGUUCAGCAUCCUCGAGCAACUGUCAGCGUUUUUGCCGCAGCAUUCUUUUUUGUUUGCUUGCUUGCGAAGAUUCUUUUUGGCAUAGUCCUUCUCGGCUUUGCAGCCAGACGUCGUGCCCGAAUCUCUCGAGGCCUGGAGCUUUUCCCGAAGAUCAAAUCCCUGUGAGAGAGGAGUCGAUGCCGACGCAGAGUUUCCAUUGACUCUGUACAUAAAGGUAC